AUGGUAGCUGUGGCUGGGACAGGGGACCCGACACAUAGGGAUCUCGCGGUGGGGGAGACACAGCGGGAGGAGGCGCCCGGGAUUGAGCGGGUGGAGUUGGAGACGGAGGCUGCGGCAGAUCCACUUGCUGGGGGUGAAACGCAGAGGAGACUGCUGCGGAGCUGCGCGCUGGCGCCGCCGACGACUGUGCCCGGCAUUUUGCCGAGGCUGCGGAGCCAGCACCGCGACGGCUUGGAGCAGCGCUGGGACCCGCCCAGCCCUGUCCCCUCUACGGGUGGCUCCGACAAGAGCAGUCGCCACAACAGCAAGUGCCUCGUCUGCCAUCAACGGAUGAACCACCAGUAG